GGAGAUCGUGGCUUGGACGGUAUUCCUGGCAUUCCAGGGUUGUUUGGAAUGAAGGGCGAUAGAGGUUUUCCUGGUCGUGAUGGGCCUGCUGGACCGCCGGGUCCUGCCGGAUAUCCUGGUGGAAAAGGAUUUAUUGGCUUGCCAGGACCUAAAGGAUCCAGAGGAGAGCGGGGUCUUCCUGGCAUAGAUGGGGAGCCUGGUCUGCCUGGUGUUAGAGGAGACAGAGGUGACAUUGGACCAACAGGUGUUCCAGGUAUUGCUGGACCCCCAGGGGCUGAUGGUCGCGAUGGCCCUAAAGGCGACAAAGGAGACCGUGGCUUUGAUGGAUUACCUGGAGUGGAUGGCCGCCCUGGCCUACCAGGGAGACAAGGAACGAUAGGAGACAUCGGCAUUAAGGGAGAACCAGGCUUGUCGAUUCCAGGCCCCAGAGGUCCCCCAGGCCUGGAUGGCAUUGACGGCAUCCCUGGCAGCAAAGGAGAACCUGGCCCUGUUGGUUUCCCUGGCGUGCCAGGUAAUUCAACAAGAGGAUUUCCCGGACCUCCGGGAGAAAAGGGCAACAAAGGUUAUAAAGGAUUUAAUGGUCUGCCGGGUCGUGAAGGACGCCCUGGCCUGCCAGGACCCAAGGGUGACUAUUUAGGACCUUGUCCACUAUGCUUGCCUGGUGUUAAAGGAGAGAAAGGAGGCCCUGGCAGGGACGGGCUGCCUGGGUUGCCAGGUGAUCGCGGUCUGCCAGGUCUGCUUGGUGAAAAGGGUGACCCUGGGAGAGAUGGACCUGCAGGCCUGCCUGGUUUGACAGGCAUUCCGGGUCUUGAUGGACAGAAUGGGUUACCUGGGAGGGAAGGCCAGAAAGGAGAGCCAGCAUUUGAUCAAGUUAUAAGUGGAGCCCCAGGUCCGAAAGGAGACAUUGGCAUACCUGGAUUACCUGGAGAACUUGGCCCACCGGGACCUCUAGGACCUCCAGGACUUCCUGGCUCACCAGGUUUCCCUGGACCAAAAGGAGAUCCAGGACCUAAGGGUUACCCCGGACUUACAGGUCGUGCAGGUCUACCCGGAGACCCAGGUCAACCAGGGGAUAGAGGAGACGAUGGCAUUUAUAUUCCAGGCGAACCUGGUGACCGUGGAUUACCUGGCUUAUACGGAUUUCCAGGAUUGCCUGGCCAAAAUGGUGCAAAGGGUGACCCAGGACCUGCAUAUUCUGGUGUCAAAGGUGAAAGAGGUGACCCUGGGUACGAUGGAUUGCCAGGAAUACCAGGCCCUAAGGGAGAUAAAGGUUUUCUUGGACCAAAAGGUGACUCUGGAGCUCCGGGUUUACCUGGCACUCCUGGCCUGAAAGGUGAUGGUGGAGAAAAUGGACUUCCUGGAUUAGACGGUCCUAAAGGACUUAAUGGCCCAAGAGGAGACAAAGGUAAGCCAGGAUUGCCUGGUUUUCCAGGACUGGUUGGACCCAAAGGUGAUGCCGGACUACCAGGAUUGCCUGGGGCAGAUGGUCGCCAAGGAGAAGCUGGACCACCUGGCCAAGCUCUGCCAGGACCAAAAGGAGAUCGUGGGAAUCCAGGAUCUCCGGGUGACGAUGGUGUACCUGGAGAAAGAGGAUUUGAUGGUAUGCCGGGUCUGCCUGGAUUUGAAGGAGAAAAGGGUGCUCCUGGACCACGAGGUCUUCCAGGUCUUCCAGGUCGUGAUGGGCUCGAUGGAGAACCUGGUCCAAUUGGUCCACCAGGACCCUUUGGAGAGAAGGGAAUUAGUGGGCUCCCAGGAUUACCUGGGCAACCUGGCCAGAAAGGACAAGCAGGAUUACCGGGCAUGCCGGGGUUGCCAGGAGCUAAAGGAGACAAAGGUUUAGCAGGCAUACCAGGCAUGGAUGGUUUCCCAGGAAAAGAUGGCCCACCUGGCUUGCCUGGCCCUGAUGGAGAUAAUGGAUUACCUGGACUCACUGGACCUAAAGGUGACCAAGGUCCCCAAGGAUAUGACGGAGAACCAGGCCGCACCGGUCCUGAUGGUCUACCAGGCUUUCCUGGAAUGAAGGGGUUUAAGGGCAAUCCUGGUUUUCCAGGACCUAAUGGUUUGCCUGGCGUUGAUGGUCCAAAAGGAGACUCUGGGCUCCCUGGCUUACCUGGACAGGAUGGAUUUGCUGGUGAACCCGGAAGACCAGGGCCCUUUGGUCCCAAAGGAGAUGCAGGUCUGCCAGGAACUCUUGGUCAGAAUGGACAGCCAGGCUUGCCUGGUCUGGAUGGCCAGAAAGGAGACCAAGGUCCGCCUGGAUUUGGUAUGCCAGGUUUACCUGGACGGGAUGGCGAAAAAGGUCGAACUGGAGAACCAGGAAGAAUGGGCCCACCUGGCCGUCCUGGAGAGAAAGGUUCGCCAGGAUUCUCGGGCGUUCCUGGGGAAAAGGGUGAGCCAGGAGUACCUGGCCGAGAUGGACUCCCAGGAAUUGAUGGUUUGCCUGGGCUAAAAGGACUCCCUGGUUUUCCUGGAAAGGAUGGCCCUGCUGGCCCCAAGGGAGACAGAGGCUUUGACGGUAAAGAUGGAACUCCUGGGCUACCAGGUCUUCCAGGAGACAAAGGUGAUGAGGGACUACCAGGCCUGUACGGACCUAAGGGAGACAGGGGUUUCCCUGGACUUGAUGGACAACCAGGUUUUCCUGGCAUGAAAGGAGACCCAGGCCUGAAUGGCUUCCCAGGCGAGCCAGGAGCUACUGGACCCAAGGGUAAUGCUGGGACACCUGGAAAUCAAGGCGAACCAGGUCUUGAAGGUGUGCCAGGUGUGAGGGGACAAGAUGGUUUACCUGGCCUGCCAGGACAGAAGGGAGACAGAGGUCUGCCAGGACUACGAGGUAUCCAAGGUGCGCCAGGUCUUUCUAUCCCAGGUCAAAAGGGUGAGCCUGGGCGCAAUGGAGCACCUGGAUUGGAUGGACCGCCAGGUGCAAAAGGCAACAGAGGUAUGCCUGGCUUGGAUGGACUUCCAGGUGAAAAGGGAGAUCCUGCAGGUAUUUCUCAGCCAGGGCCAAGAGGACAGAAAGGUGAACCAGGCUUUUCUGGUCGACCUGGGCGUGAUGGUCCAAAGGGAGAUGAGGGGCUCCCAGGACUUUCUGGGCUUCCUGGCCAGAAGGGUGAUCGAGGUUUGGAUGGGUUGCCUGGAUUAGCUGGUGUACCUGGCUUACCCGGUCUUGAUGGACCUAAAGGAUUUGAUGGGUGGCAAGGUCUACCUGGAACUCCUGGAGAAAAGGGAGAUCAGGGUCAGCCGGGACCACAAGGACCCCAGGGACCCAAAGGAGAUCCAGGAUACCCAGGUUUGCCAGGAGAAGUUGGAGACAAAGGGGGUCCCGGACUCCAGGGUCCAGAGGGUUACUCUGGUGCUGCAGGAGUGUGUGAGAAAGUUAGGCUUCCUGAAGGUCCUAGUGGUGCUCGUGGACCAAAGGGAGAGCCUGGAUAUCCUGGACCAAAGGGAGAUCCUGGUUUGCCUGGGAUGCCAGGUCUGCCUGGCUUAGAAGGUCAGAAGGGAGACAGCGGUGUUCCAGGGCCACCCGGAGAUACGGGUCCCCCAGGAGAAAGAGGUCGCAAUGGUGAACAGGCAUUAGAUGGAAGGGAAGGAGCUCCAGGCCCACGUGGAGUCCCUGGUCUGCCAGGUGUCCCAGGCUCAACUCCGCUCAUUGGAUAUCUCCUGGUCCGACACAGCCAAGCUCGUGAGGUUCCCCAGUGCGCACCGGGUCACACCAAACUCUGGGAUGGCUACAGUUUGCUGUAUCUGGAGGGCAAUGAGAAAUCACACAACCAGGAUCUAGGUUUGGCAGGCUCCUGCUUGCAACGCUUCAGCACCAUGCCAUUUUUAUUCUGCAACCUGAACAACGUCUGCAACUAUGCCUCUCGCAACGACCGCUCCUAUUGGCUGUCCACAAAUGCACCCAUUCCCAUGAUGCCUGUGGGUGACAGUGAAAUCCAGCCAUAUAUCAGUCGCUGUGUUGUGUGUGAUGUGCCUUCCAAUGUUAUUGCGGUACACAGCCAGACUCUAUCAAUACCCGAAUGCCCACGAGGCUGGAGCAGUCUUUGGAUAGGGUAUUCCUUUGCCAUGCACACAGCCGCAGGGCCAGGUGGUGGAGGCCAAUCAUUGUCCAGCCCUGGCAGUUGCCUAGAGGACUUCCGUGCAACACCGUUCAUUGAGUGCAACGGUGCUCGAGGCACUUGCCACUACUUUGCCAAUAAACUCAGCUUCUGGCUGUCUACGGUUGAAGAAUUUGAACAGUUCACUGUACCAGUUAGCCAAACAUUGAAGGCUGGCACGUUAAGAACUCGAGUCAGUAGAUGCAGCGUUUGUAUUAAGAAUGUGUGA